AUGGAGAAUAAUAAUCCUGACCACAAAAUAAUCCGUGCGGAGCAAGGGACAUUGAGACCAACAAUGGACAACAAUUCCAAUGAUCCCAUGAGAAUCUUCGACAAUGAGAAGGUCGAGGCCUAUGAUCAAACUGAUCUCUCAUUUGAGAGUAUACCUGCCGAAAACUUUGAGCAAACCACUAAAUUGAACCAACCUCAUCGUGGCCUCAACGCUCGUCAUAUUCAGAUGAUCUCGCUUGGUGGUUGUAUUGGUACUGGCUUGUUCUUGAACUCUGGUCAAAAUAUUUCAGAGGCUGGUCCUGCAGGUGCUUUGAUCGCUUACUGUGUCUAUUGUCUUAUGACCUGUCUCGGUGAAAUGGCUACUUACAUGCCUGUGUCCGGUUCCUUCAACCAUUAUGCUACUAGAUUCGUUGACCCCGCAUUUGGCUUCGCUCUCGGUUGGAAUUAUUGGCUUUCUGCUGUAACAAUUGCUGCUGAAAUUUCUGCUGCUGCUACCAUCAUCAAUUGGUGGAAGCCUGUCAUGCCAGAUCCUGCUUGGUCUACUAUCUUCAUCUUUCUUAUUUUGUUUGUCAAUUUAGUUGGUGUUAGACUCUACGGUGAACUUGAGUACUGGUUCGCUCUUCUUAAAAUCUUGAUUGUUCUUGUAUUCAUCAUCAUUGCUUUGUGUGUUACUACUGGUGGUCUUGGUGCCGGUGUUAUUGGCUUCAAGUACUGGAAGGAUCCUGGAGCUUUCGCUGGUGGUGGUCUUGGUACACUUAAUGUACUGCUCUCUGCAGGUUUCUCUUUCAUGGGUACUGAAAUUGUUGGUAUCACUGCUGCUGAAGCCAAGAACCCUACCAAAACUGUUCCUCGUGCCAUCAAGAACACCUUUUGGCGUAUCAUCUUUUUCUACAUUGUCACCAUCUUCCUGUUGGGCAUGUGUCUCCCUUACAACAACCCUAAUUUGGCCAAUGCUGAUGGCGAUCCAGGAACCGCCUCUUUCACUCUUGUAUUUGAGCUUGCUUAUAUUCAAGUUGGUGCUCAUAUUAUCAACGCUGUCAUCUUGAUCAGUGUCUUAUCCGCUGCCAAUUCUUCUCUUUAUACUUGUUCCCGUACCUUGCUGGGUCUUUCAAAGGAUGGCAAUGCUCCUCGUUGGAUGGGCAAGUUGAAUCGUUGGGGUGCUCCUUACUGGGCUGUCAUUUGCUCAUCUGUCAUCGGUUUUGCCUGUGUAUUUGCUUCCAUCUACAGUGCUUCUGUCGCAUUUGUUUGGUUCUUGAGUAUCACUGCUGUCAGUGGUUUUAUCAGUUGGUGGGGUAUCGCUGUUGUUCACAUCCGUUUUAGACGUGCAUUCAAGGCUCAAGGCCGUAGCUUGGAUGACUUGCCCUACAGGGCUUUUGCCUAUCCUUAUUCAGCUAUUAUUGCCAUCAUCUUGACUACAUUUGUUAUAUUUGGCCAAGGCUAUACUGCUUUCUACCCUGAAUGGGAUGGCAUCAAGUUUGUUACCAACUACAUUGGUCUUGUGCCCGUAUUCGUAUGGUACAUUGGUUACAAGCUCAUUAGAAAAUCAAAGGUUGUACCUUUGAUGGAAGUUGAUUUUGAAACUGGUCGUGUCACGCAUCUCGAUAUCGAGAAGGACGAGGAAGAAGACGAGAUUUUACCUUGGUAUCGCAAGGCACUCGCUUGGGUCGUGUAA